UCUUUUUUCCUAAGGACGCGUCCGAGAAAUUCAACGAUGCCGAUCGUACGACGUUCGCGACAUGUUAUUAUCGUUUAACCGCGAAGAAACUUAUUAAAAUUAUUUUUACCUACGCGCACAUUAUUUGUAUAAUUCUUCGUUAAUUACGAAGAUAGAAAAGAGUUAGAAAAGAAAAAUCAACUCUCGGAGAUGUAAAUCGUUAAAAGAUGUCGUCAUGGGAAACCAUCGAAUGAAUUAUUGUAAAAUAUCGCGUGGCUCUGCUUGAACACUUAUCAUCGUGUUUAUUAUCCCCUUAGGGAGAGAGUGAACGGAGCCGCGUCUUCUAGUCUAUGUCACAAUCGGUUAAAGUCGAUUUCAAGGUAAAAGAAGUCUGACUUCUCGAUAAUAAGAUCGUCGUCGUUUUUCUCUAUAAUCUUUCUCUCUCGUUUGCCUUUUUUCGUCAGAACGGUUACUGACUAUUUGGAACGUCGAACUUUUUCGGAUUAGCUUCAAGGCCAAAUUUAGUUUUUCGGAAAGAUAGGACAAAUAAUUCAUUAGUAGGUCACGCAUCGGACAUCGAUAAAAAGGAAAGCGGGAUCUCCGAGGAUUAUAUAAUUUCAAUAAUAUUCUCGAAUCUCGUAAAGCGUCUUUCGUAAUAAGUCAUUAAUAAUGACUUACGUUAUACGCUCGUGCGUCGUUUUUAUUUUAUUAUAUUUUUUUUUUUUUUUUUAUAAAAAGACAUACACGUUAUUUAAUAUCUAUAAUUAUUAAUUGCACAUAACGUUACACUAUUUCCGAUAUAGUUUUCAAACAUACCUACAUAUAUGCCCGCCUUCUUUAUUUUUCCUCUCGCUUUAUCUCCGUCCAAUAACCGGUUUAACAGUUUUUUUUCUCAUUAGAUCUUCAUCCUUAGAAAUUCGGUUCUAAGAUGACGGGCAAAGAUUCGCGAUACAAUUGUUUAGGAUCAUCCAUAACGUGAGACGUUAAAUCGCCUGCUUUUGUUGUAAAUUAAACAUCCUUGAAAAAUGUUACCAUCAAAAAUUGUUUUUUCUACCACGCGGUUCACGAGUUGCGAUCUUUUUAUUAAUAACGAUGAUAUAAUAUUUGAGUAUAACUCGAGACAGUUUUCUCAAAUAAGACUUGAUACCUGUAGAUCGGCGAUGUAGGUCAUCUUACGUAUAUCGACCGGCAAAGCCUUUCGAUCUUACGAAACUCGGUUAUUAUCGAAUUAUUAUAGAACACCCGAUAAAUAAAUUUAUCUAUAAUUUCUAUUGUCACUCAUAUCCCGCAUAUUUCUUCGAUAUUCCGAUAUAUUUAACUUUGCUAUAUUUCUUUUUUUUUCUUUUUUUUUCUUUUUGUAAAAUUUAAUUCGAGCCAUAUAUAAUUAUAUUUGAGAAAGGAAACGUCUCUCUCCUUUCUCGAGCAAAAGGAAAACGCGUAUACGUAUUUUAAAUAAUUUCGUUCGUGCCAACGAACUAGCGCGAACGAUUUGAACUGCCGGCUUCGAGGAGGGAACACGAGGAAUCGAAGAAAGGGAGAGUAAAAGUAGAAUGUUGGUGAACGAUUGGGGAGAGUGAGGGAGAGAGAGAGAGAAGAAUGUCGGCUCUCGUGGACUGGUACAAGGAUUUGAUGUACAAUAAGAAUGAUCCGAGAACGAAAGAUUGGUUCUUGAUAUCGGGACCAGGUCCGAUAUUGACCAUCCUCAUUACCUAUUUAUACUUUUCUCUGUCGGCCGGACCGAAGUAUAUGAGAGACAAAAAGCCAUAUAAUUUGAAGAAUACCCUCAUAGUUUAUAAUUUUAUUCAAGUAUUGCUCAGCAUAUACAUCGUUCACGAAGGUUUGAUGUCAGGAUGGUUCUACCAUUACAAUUUUUAUUGUCAACCGGUCGAUUACUCGAACGAUCCAGUAGCAUUAAGGAUGACUCGAGCCGUAUACACGUACUUCGUAUGUAAACUGAUCGAACUAUUGGACACGGUAUUUUUCGUUCUACGGAAGAAGGAGAAGCAAAUAUCGUUCUUACACGUCUAUCAUCACGGGCUGAUGCCUCUCGCCGCUUGGAUCGCAGUUAGAUGGCUGCCUGGUGGACACGGUACCUUGCUCGGCGUUAUCAACUCUUUCGUACACAUCAUCAUGUACACCUACUACAUGCUCGCUGCGUUCGGACCACAAAUGCAGCCCUAUCUUUGGUGGAAGAAAUAUCUGACGAGUUUGCAACUCUUGCAAUUCUUAAUAGUCGGUAUUCACGCCAGUCUAGUCCUAUUUAACGGUUGCAAUUUUCCGAAAAUCCCGAUCGUCCUUUUGGUCAUCAAUGCCGGAGUCUUCAUAUAUCUCUUCGGCUCGUUUUACGUUGUCACCUAUAUGAAAUCUUACAACGUUGAGAAGAAAAAUGAGCAAAACGAUAGUGAGACAGUUAAAAAUAAAUCGAAUUGAGAAAGUGAAACUCGAAGGAAAACAGAUUUAACAAGAGAAGCACUUUUCUCAAGGAUUAAACGUCGAGAUAGAUAUGCGUUCUAAUAAACGAACAUAUCGAACUCCUAGAAGAAUACUGUUGCGAUUGAAAUAUAUAGAAAUUUUUAGAAGAGAAGGAAAGUCAAAUUCUACUUAAAUUUCGUUUAAUCGCGAAAUAUCUAUGACAAUUAGAAUUUCGACGUUUCGGCAUAACGAAGUUAAGAUGCUCCUUGAAUGCUAAUCGGUCAAGUAGUCGAGACAACAAAAUCAGAUUGUGUACUACGUUUUAUGACUGACUUCGCGACGUUAUUCCUCGUUGAAUAUCGUUUCGUUAGGAUAUCUCAAGCCCGUGGGCUUAAACUCGAAUUUUUUUUCAGUUACGACAGUAUUCUUCUAAGGGCGCGAUAUGUUGGAUAUCGCUAAUAUGUCAAUUAUAGUUCGUCCAUCGGUUUUAAUCUAACGUCUUCCAAUUGUAGAAAGCCGGGGAAUCGUCGGGCAGACUAAAAUGCGAUUAUAAUUAAACAAAACUUUUUUUUUUGUUUGCACUCUUUGGCGUUUGUAUGCUGAUUGUUCUCCGCGCGACAGUCUUUCGUCCUGUCCAUCCUUUUCGCGUCGGAUGGGAGAAACAAACGAUAAUUCUACGAUACUGGUUAUGCCGAUACUGAUACUGCUUACACGAAUCAACGACUCUAGAUCUAACGACUCCGCAAUUACUUCUUUUAGGAUGGCAAUAAUGCAGAAUUCAAAGGUGAACGAUGAUUGGAGGGGUCGCGUGCUUACUUGCCUGCUCCGGUUAGAUAGGACGCAUUAUUUCACAUUUUCCUCGGCUGCGCGCGCUUGUCUUUCGUUGUUUUGUCGAUAGUCGAUAUUACUAAUUGCUACUGAAAAUUUAUAAACGACGAUAUCUUGACAUGGACAAUAUCGCGUUUUUCUUUACAACUAGAGAUAUAUUCUACGUACUCUGUCCUACAUACUCCUAUCCUAGACGAACGAGAAGACUUUCUCGUCAGCUGCACGGCAGGUUUGUUUUCAAGCAUGAAGCGAUAAAUAGUAAAUUUAAGUAGUAGAGGAAUGGAUUGAUGGAUGGCAGGGAUCGUAAGGCCCAUGCCCAGAAAUUGUCCACUUACGACCGUCGUUACUUGUUAUUGAAUUACUCGAACUGACUUUGGCGUAACUUUACAAACGUAAAUAUAGAAAAAUAAAAAUAAAGAGAAAAAAAAGGAACAUUAUUAUACGUUAAAAAGUCGUGUUCAAAUUCCACGUUUCGAGAAUUUCUUUUGUCUACAUAGAUAGGAUAGCUCUUUACAUAAGCGAUUUUACAUAAACGUAAUGGAAAAUUGUGAACUUGUGAACGUUUAAUUGUAAUUUUGUCAUUUUUAUAAAAAAUUUCUUAUUUUUAGAAGACUCUUUUAGAAAUAUAAUGCCACCGCCACUGAUGCGACGGAUCAACACUAUUGGUGUAUACUAAUGUUACCGUCCGGUCGAAAGUUUCCCUAUUCUUUCGAUCGAAGAUUCGAUUAAUGGAAAUUUAUAUAACUGAUUCAUCGAAAUUUCUAUUCAUGAAUCGCUUCAAAAUCGCGACGAUAUGUAUCACUGUAGCGUAUGUUUUUAUCUGUCUAUAAUAAAUAUUGCAAUUUUUUAUCUAUCGAUCAAUAAAUAUUGCAAGUAUUAGAA